CAAGACCAUUUGGUCAGACUGCGCGGGACUAGAGGUAGAAAAGCCCGUGUCGCUCUUUUCAACCCGAGGAGGAGGGGAAAGGAAACCAGUUCGCAGACAAAGGGUUACGAAUUCCUGGAUGGGACGGCGAGUCGUUGAUUGACGCGUUUUACUAUCCGCCUUUAAAAAAAAAGAGAGAUAUUUUUUUUUUCCGUUACUGGAGCGUGUAGCAAUAACGCGCGAUAUGAUCAGACACUAGAAGACUGGAUUCCUCUCUCUUUCCAACACACGGAGGAUAUCGGCUUGCCCGGACGGCGAAUUGCUGAACCCAGACUGCGGGUCAGGCGAGCACCUUCAAAAAGGGGGGGAUUCCCAACUCGAAGAGCUCACCGGGAGUUUCUUUUCGACUGGCCGAGUUCCACGCACGAUUUCGGGAGACAUGGGUGCGAGCCACUGGUUGCCCGCUCUGCUUUCAGUCUCUGUGUUGGUGACUGCCGGCGUCUGUGACUCGGACACGCAGGAAAUGCAAGUGAUUGACCUGCUGGCUCUGCAGGACGCCAGGCAGAGCGCGGCCGCCGUGGAGAAGGUCGCCGCGGCGAUGGGGACGGUGAGCGACAUCUACAUCGUCUCCGCCUUCCGCCUGCCGCCCAAGCUGGGAGGGGUGCUGCUGGGGCUGUACAACAAACAGGACAACACCAAGUACCUGGAGCUGGCCAUCAUGGGCAAGAUCAACAAAGCUCUGGUGCGCUACAUCCGGGAGGACGGCAAGCUCCACACGGUCAACCUGCAGAACGCCAACCUGGUCGACGGGCGCACCCACUCGCUCAUCCUGCGCGUGGGGGGGCUGCGGCGCGACAACCUGGCCUUGGAGAUGUACGUGGACUGCCGGCUGGCCGACUCCAGCCAGGGCCUGCCCGGACUGGUCAAGCUGCCGGCCGAGGCAGACUCGGUGGAGAUCCGCACCGGGUUCAAGGCCUACGCCAGGCUGCAGGGUUCAGUGGAGUCUCUGAAGUUGGCCUUGGGGGGCACAGUGGCCAAGGUUGGGGUCCUGACUGACUGUCCGUUCCAAGGAGAUUCCUCACUGUACAAUACAGUGAACGGUGCUCUGAACACGAUCCUGGGUGACCACACGAAGGCUCUGAUUGGUCAGCUCGUCCUCUUCAACCAGAUCCUGGGAGAACUGAGAGAGGACAUCCGAGAGCAGGUGAAGGAGAUGGCCUUGAUCAGAAACACUAUCCUGGAGUGCCAAGUGUGUGGUUUCCACGAGCCGCGGUCCCGUUGCUCCCCCAAUCCCUGUUUUAAGGGGGUGUCCUGUAUGGAAACAUAUGAGUACCCCGGUUACCGCUGUGGGCCCUGUCCCGAGGGCACCGCUGGCAAUGGCACCCACUGCCAGGACAUUGACGAGUGCUCCCUGGCCCAGCCCUGUUUCUCACCAUCGGGGUGUGUGAACACAGCCUCGGGGUUCCGCUGCGACCCCUGCCCCCCGGGGUACUACGGCCCGCCCCUCAGCGGGGUGGGAGUGGAGUUUGCCAAGAGCCACAAGCAGGAGUGCGCGGACAUCGACGAGUGCGGGGAGGGCAGCAACGCCUGCGUGCCCAACUCGGUGUGCGCCAACACAGUGGGCUCCUUCAGGUGUGGUCAGUGCAAACUGGGCUUUGUGGGCAACCAGACAGCCGGCUGCUUCCCGCGCAAGUCCUGCAGCACGCUGACCUUUAACCCCUGCGACGUCAACGCCCACUGCCUCAUGGAGAGGAACGGGGAGGUGUCCUGUGCGUGCAACGUGGGCUGGGCGGGAAACGGCCACACCUGUGGCCCCGACACCGAUAUUGACGGCUACCCCGACCAAUCGCUGCCCUGCAUCGACAACGACAAGCACUGCAAGCAGGACAACUGCGUCUUCACCCCCAACUCCGGGCAGGAGGACGCCGAUAACGACGGGAUCGGGGACCAGUGCGACGAGGACGCGGACGGUGACGGCAUCAAGAAUGUGGAGGAUAACUGCCGCCUGGUGCCCAACAAGGACCAGCAGAACUCGGACACGGACUCGUUCGGGGACGCCUGCGACAACUGCCCCAACGUGCCCAACAUCAACCAGCAGGACACGGACAGCAACGGGGAGGGCGACGCCUGCGAUAACGACAUCGACGGAGACGGUAUCCCCAACGUCCUAGACAACUGCCCCAAGGUCCCGAACCCCCUUCAGACUGACCGGGAUGGAGACGGGGUGGGCGACGCGUGUGACAGCUGUCCUGAGAUCAGCAACCCCACCCAGACGGAUAUUGACAAUGACCUUGUGGGAGAUGUUUGUGACACCAACCAGGACCUGUCUUUAAAAGAGUCGAAGAGAGGUGGGUUACCUGUUGUGACACACUUUCUGUGUGUGUGUUCCCAGGGCAUGGAGAUUGUGCAGACCAUGAACAGUGAUCCUGGGCUGGCUGUAGGCUACACGGCCUUCAACGGGGUUGACUUCGAGGGCACCUUCCACAUCAACACGGUGACGGACGACGACUACGCCGGCUUCAUCUUCGGCUACCAGGACUCCUCCAGCUUCUACGUGGUGAUGUGGAAGCAGACGGAGCAGGCGUACUGGCAGUCUGUGCCCUUCCGCGCCGUGGCGGCGCCGGGGCUGCAGCUGAAGGCGGUGAAGUCUCGGACGGGGCCGGGCGAGUUUCUGAGGAACGCGCUGUGGAACACGGGCGACACGCCGGGCGAGGUCACCCUGCUGUGGAAGGACCCCCGCAACGUGGGCUGGAGGGACAAGACCUCCUACCGCUGGCACCUCACCCACCGCCCGCAGGUGGGAUACAUCCGGGUGAAGCUGUAUGAAGGGCCUGGAUUGGUCGCUGACUCCGGGGUGAUCAUCGAUACCUCAAUGAGAGGGGGCCGGCUGGGCGUGUUCUGUUUCUCCCAGGAGAACGUCAUCUGGUCCAAUCUGCGCUACCGCUGCAAUGACACUGUGCCUGAAGACUUUGAACCGUUCCGAAAGCAGCUACAGCACAACUACAAGCUGUGAGGGGGGCGUGGCGAGGGGGGCGUGGCGGGCUGUGGGGCGUGAGGAACAGCCCCUACACGAGCGCAGCCUGAACGCCGAGACGCUUCGGGUCCCCACAGUCUCCUGCCCAGUGCAGUUCUUCCUGCAGAGCUGCUGUGAGUGUUUGAGAGAGGGAGAGCCUGUUGAUUUCUGUGUGCAUGCGUGGGUGUGUGUGUGUGUAGAAGGAAUCUUGCCGGGAAUCUGACACUUUCUGCUGAAGAGGUUUCAUUCGUUUCUGAUUUUAUAAGCUGCAGGGUCUUGGGCAAAAAUAUACUGAUGGAGGGGAAACAAA